GGGAAGCUCCCAGUUCUAAAGAGAGGCUGUUUACCAGAAGAGCAUAACAAGGGCAGAUCUGGCUGCAAGACUAGGCUGGAAGGCAAAGCUGCUGCCAAAAAGGACCCCAGGUGGAUACUGGUUGUUCAAUCACCUGCAGGACCGAGGAGGAGAGGAUGGUGUUGGUCUGGGUACAGACAUUCCUUCUCAGCAGCGUGCUCCUAGCAGAAGCCUAUGGAUCUGGAGAGACCACUUCCCAGGCUCCCCCGGCCUCCACCCCCGAGCCCGAGGAGAGGACUGAAGCGCCCGGUGCCGAUGAGGCGCAGGUGUUUGCCCCUGCCAACACCCUGCCCGCCCGGAGCGAGGCGGCGGCUGUGCAGCCAGUGAUUGGGAUCAGCCAGCGGAUGAACGCCAAGGACAAAAAGGACCUGGGAACUCUGGGCUAUGUGCUGGGUAUUACCAUGAUGGUGAUCAUCAUUGCCAUUGGAGCUGGCAUCAUCUUGGGCUACACCUACAAGAGGGGGAAGGACCUGAAAGAGCAGCAUGAGCAGAAAGCGUGUGAGCAGCAAAUCACUCUGUUCUUGUCUGCCUUUACCAACCCGAGCGAGAUCACGGAUGAGUAGACUGUCGUCGUCCACAGCAGCCAGACUCCUGUCGACCUUCAGGAGGGCAGCACACCCCUCAUGGGCCAGGCUGGCACCCCUGGGGCCUGAGCUCUUUCAGUGGGCAGGAGCCCAUGCAAAAACUGGUGCGGGACAGCCCACCUUCCUACAGCUGGGAGGACCUACAUUUUGUUUUUCGGUUAACCCUCCCCCUCCCCCUCCGGGUAAAUCCUCAUGAAAGAAGUAGGCAGCACGGUGGGCUGAGGGCUGGGUAGGAUGCUAUCAGUGCUCCUAGUGCUCCUUCUCCAUCCCUGGGAGCAGGAUUUUGCUUGUGGAUGGAGAUAGUGGCACAGCUCCCACAGUGACGUUGCUGACAAGGUCUUCCAAAUAUUGCUUGUGUUCCUGGAACUGGACCAGGGAUAGACAGGGAACUUCCUCAAGGCUCCUCUGUGCUUUACUAUGAUGGCCUCAGCCUAUGCCUUUCCAUUUUUUCUCCAUGAGCUUGAGUGGCAUAUACUGUUAUUCAUAGUUAAGGUCAAGCAGGUCAAGAGAUGGCACUGAAAAAAAAUGUAUAUUUAGUUUUUAAGUAUUAGGAGUGGCACUCCCUACUAACCUCUCAGAACCAGAAAUGAGUUUGUACAAAGUCAGGACUUUGGGCAGAGAAUGGGAUCUAGGCUGGGGGUCUGCUGGGUGUGCUCCAGUUUGUUGGCAGUGUUGUGCCUUGACAACCGUGGGCUAGACCUGGGCCCAGGGACUCUUCCUGUUUUGUAGAGAAAGGAAGGGAAAAAUUGCACUAAACAUUCCAUUUAGGAAGAGGGUAGAGAAGGAUCUACUCCUGCCUUAGGCCUCAGGGACAGAGGUGGACCUGGGGUGCCCCAGACCAUCUCUCUUCUGGGAUGGGUGGUGACCUCUCCCCAUUUUGCACAGGUAAGAGAGGAACCAGUUAACCCAUGGGAUUUAUAUACUGUGGGGCUCAUUGAAUUGAUUCUAGGAUAGCUUGCAUACUGAGCUCAGAGGCAAGAUAAUAAAGCACUUCAGGACUUGCCCCUGCAGUGUACCCUGCUUGCAAGUGGCCCUGUGGUUUCCGGGCCAGCGUCUUCCUAUGGGGCAGUGGGGCUAAUGUCACAACCCCUAACUUACCAUUGGAAGGGACCUUAAGGUUCUUCAAAACUUUUGGACACAGGAACCCAGAGAGGUAAAAUGACUUGCCUAAGGUCAUAGAACAAGCUACUGACAUGGCCAGUAGGACAGUGCUCAGCUUCCUGACCUAGCAGUUCUUUCUCCUCAGCACUUGAAGCUCAGCAGGCCCUCCAGGCUCUGCCGUCACAUUUGGAGGCCUCGGCAGUGUUCCCCGGCCAGAGAUUCCUCGUGAUAGUCCUUCCACUACCCAGUGUGGGCAGGGGAUAAGUGGAGCCCAUUCUGUUCAGGAGGGUGCUCCCUAAAGCCAUUUGCUGAGGGAACCGAGGCUGCAGAGGGUCCCUUGGUGUUAGUGACUCUGGAGAAGAGAACAUUAUUGGUUUCUACUUUUCUAUAAACAUUUCUCUGUAUACAUGUUUUAUAUACCUCAUUCUGACACCUGUGUAUAAAGUACGGGAAAUUGCUGUGCAUUUGACUUAUAUAAAAACAAAACAAACCUC